CAGCUGUUAGGCCAGAGUUGCCCAGUUAAGUUAAGCGUAGUGUCGGGAGAUUUCAUCGCCACCCAAAAUUUUAUAUUCCGCCUAUUAUCCUCGAAACGUAGCAGGGAAAUAAAGGUUUUUUGGGAUUUGAAACAAAUUUUUUAUCAAUUAACCGCUCACACAUUCGUCGAGUUUGCUGUGAGCGCGUGAGUGAAAGAAAAUCGCUGUGAAAGUGCAGAGUCCAGAACUUGCACUACAAUUAUUGAUAAACUUCCAUUUUUGGACCAGUUUAUCAUGAAAUCCGAAAACUUUCGACUCAUAGCGGAGGUUGCCAAGCGACGAUGCUUGUGGGACACCAAUAUGUCCAUGUCCUAUCGCAAUCAGGAAUCACCGGUUCAAUGGGGAAGUGUGGCGCGGAUUUUGCAGGAGGAUAUCACGACCUGCAAGAAGCGUUUCAAGGGAUUGCGGGACAGCUACAGGGCCGAGAUUCGUAAGAUCCAACAGAAACGGAUCGAAACGUCUCACUGGACCUACUUUCGUUCCCUGGAGUUCAUGCGCAACAUCUUCGAUCCGGAACGCCUGGUACCCUUUCCGCCGGAGGAAUUCGAUUUGGAAACCGAACAAGAGGACUUUGAAUCCACUCGGCUUAUGGACUUUGUCAUUGAUGUGGAUCUGGACAAUGAUGACUCCGUUGACUUUGAGAUAAUUGGUGACAUAUUCAAGCGGGAACCGUCGAUGCCACAAGACUCGGGGUCGGAUGGUGGUUCUCUCAUCAAACCGGCUGAUUCUUCAUCCUCAGUUGCCCAACGAUCCGAUCAGGAUCUGUCGCCGACAAUGCUAUCUCCCGUUCCACUGAUGCAUGCUAGUCCAUUCGUGCCACGACCUCCGCCGCCGUCAAAAAGGGCACGCCGCAGAAAGACUUCACCCUCGUCUGAUGGCCAUAUUUUGAAUGGCCACGCCAGCAAGACUUUGCCAAAAUCUGCCGAUCUAAAGAACGAUUCGGACGUUAACUUUUUGAUGAGUAUGGUGCCGCACGUGAAGUCGUUGUCACCUAUCAGUACUCUAAAGUUUCGCAUGGAAAUGGCUCGAAUUUUGGUUGAACUCAGAAAAGAGGAUCAACAGAUGCUUACAGGAACGGGACCCAAACCAGUAGGAACAGGCCUGCCAAAACUGACACCCGCUCCGGAUUCGAGUUUUGCCGCUCAAUUGGAGAACUCUCAGAACUAUCUUUCCAAUUCCAUUCUUCAAAACUGUAGUCCCCCAUCACCCAAAUCUUACGACUAUGUGGAUAGCUGCAUAAUUGAGUGUGAUGUCAAAAUUGAAAAUGAACCCUUGCUUUAAGAAUUGGGAUUUUCAGCUUUAUACCUCUAGCAAUCAUCCAAAUUUACUUUUAUUAUGAUUUUACCUUCAAAUGUUAUGUUCAAAAUUAUUUUCCCACAAGAAUUUUUAUCUUGAUUUUGUAUUGUUAAGAAUAGUAUAAAAGACUGUACUCAAAUAAGAGUAUGACCUGGAAUUCCUAGCAUAAGAUUUUCCACAAGCGCUUUGAGAUACAAUUUUUUCAAUCCGUUAAUGCUCUAGAUCUAGCAGUUGUGGUCGGCUAUUUAGCAAUCAAUAAUGCAAACACAAAUUAAAUACAUAAAUAUUUUCAUUCAA